GGCUUGCCGUGAUUUACGGCUCUGCUGAAAACGGCCGCUUCUCUUAUCUUCUCUUCUCCCCCCUUCCCCGCAGCAUCAGCACCGCCAGCAACAAGUCAGGAUUUGGAAAGUAAUGCAACAGAACGCUUUUGAAGAAAGCAGAUACCCCUGGCAGGAGUCAUUUGAAAAUGUUAACGUCUGCAUGCCAUUCCGUUGCCCCAGAUGUGGGGACCACACCAGAUUCCGGACCUUGUCUUCCCUGAGAGCUCACCUGGAGUACAACCACAGCUACGAAGAAAGAAGCCUCCUGGCAAAAUGCAACCUCUUUUCUUCUUUCAAAGACGCAGACCUGAUCUGUGCUUCCGAGCCCCUGAUGCAAGGCAUGCUUGGGGAUAGCAUGAGCAUCAUGAAACCAAAGCCGUCCUACUUAAACUUCUGCGACACGACCCACGAAAACGCAAAGAACAGGAAGACGCUGGAGGUGGAAGCAGAGAGGCCUGUGUCUUUCGGGACAAAUUACAUGACGGGUGAAAGCGACGAGGAGUUCAUUGCUAAGCCGGGUCUGGCAACCACAGACUCCAAAGCUUCAUUUGAGGCCCACGUGAGGGAGAAGUUUAACCGAAUGGUGGAAGCUGUGGACAAAACGAUCGAGAAACGGAUUGACAAGCUUACCAAAGAGCUGGCUCAAAAGACGGCUGAACUCUUGGAGGUUCGAGCGGCCUUUGUGCAGCUUUCGCAGAAGAAGCAAGAAGUGCAGAGGCGGGAGAUGGCCCUGAACAGACAGGUGGAUGUCGCAGUUGAGAUGAUUGCAGUGCUGAAACAGCGCCUCACGGAGUCUGAGGAAGAGCUCCACAGAAAAGAGGAAGAAGUCGUCACGUUUAAUCACUUCCUUGAGGAAGCUGCCGAGAAGGAGGUCCGUGGUAAAGCCAGGCUUCAGCACUUCAUCGAGAAUCUGCUGCAGCGAGUGGAUCUGGCAGAAAAGCAGCUGGAAUAUUAUCAGAAUCAGCAGAUCGGGGCCAACUACAGUGAUGUCAAUGAAGACGUGUUUACAGACAUCUCAUCCAGUAAGAAACCUCGAUGCCUCAGCCGGGGAAACCAGCAUGCUUUUUACAACACCCCUGAUGCGAAACCACACUCUUUCCAGAAAGGACGACUGCACCUGAAGAAAACCAAGGAGGACAAAAUGGGGGUCCAUCCCAUUAAACUCUUUUAUGAACCUGUUGACUGUUCGAGGGAACUUUGGAGACCUCUGAAGAAAGGGGAGAUGCCAAAUGCCGCCCGAAAGGUUAAUGUGAAAUCAAAGAUCAGUAAAAAAAGUAAACAGCUCUACUAAGAGUCUAUAUAGAAAUAUAUUAUCUAUCUAAUCUAUCUAUAUACACAUAGUGCAAGAACUGGUGGCCGUAGGCUACUGCGAGUAGAUAUUCAGUCACAUCCAUUGUCUAGUUGCUGUAUCUUUCCCUGUUCAUUUGGGUUACGAUGAUAUAUUUAAUAUAUAAUAAUCGAUACAUAAAUAGAGAACACUAAUUUAACUGCCUCAUUUCCAGGACUUUGGGUUGUCUACAUGAGGUGCCACUUUAUUUUUGCAAGAACAUUCUUUAAAUUAAGUCCCGCAUUCCACUGUGCACGCACUCCUGAUGUCGACAGACGUUCUUUUUAAAAGUC